CCCGUCUCUGUCAGCAUGAAUACUCUUGCUCUUGUUCUUUUGUUGGUGUGUGCUGUGGCCGCCGUGCCUGGCCUCCGUCAACGCCGUGACUCAUCUUCCUUCUUCUUCGAACUUCCUUCCGACGCUGAACUGGUCCUGGGAGGGAUCCAGACGGGCUUCGACUGUGCUAAUCUGCCCUACGGUUACUACGCCGACGAAGCCAACAACUGCGCCAUCUACCACGUGUGUCUCCCAUACAUCGACAACAACAUCGUGGUGACCCGCCACUUCUCCUUCAUGUGUGGCGAGGGCACCGUCUUUGACCAGGAGCAUCUCGUGUGUGCCACCCCCGAGAACGCCAGCCCCUGCAGCCAGUCCUCCUCCUUCAGGAGGUCUAACGAGUACUUCGGUCGCACUGACAUUAAGUUCCUCGAGAAGUAAACAAAUCAACAUAUAAUAAUACAAUAAGAAACAUAUAAACAUAUAACACAAAGCCUUGGUAACCUUUAAUCAUCUAAAACAAUGUAUUUUGUCUUAAUAAUUGUGUUUGCGAGUAUAAUAAUAUUUGUUAAUAAAAAAGUUUCAAACGUA